GAUUACGGUCCGGGAUUCUUUUGGAUAAUGCUCACACCAAAGGAAUGGCUUACAGAUGACCAUAUAGAUGCAGCAAUGCAUAUGUUGAGGAGGCGACGCACCGACUAUCCACUGACAUUUCCUCAGAAGGGUAUCAUUCUCUCCACAUUCGUGACCGCCAUGAUCAGCAGUGCAUGGACGAGCCACAAGGGUCCGAGGAAAAACUUUAAAUGGGAGGAAUAUAUCCUGGACUACUGCACAGGGUUUCAUAAGUCCCAAGUCUUUGAGAGAUGGAGGGGUAACGAGUUUAUUUACUUCGUUCGCACCUUCCCACGGCAAGACACUGGGUCACAGUUGAAGUGGACAUAG